AUGACUGCAGCCAUCAACAAAGCUUUAUACGACGAACAAGGGUACAUCAUCGUCCCAAAUCUCAUUCCUCCAGAGAUGUUCGAGGCCCUCAAAGAGGCCUGCGAGCAUGCUAUAGCUAAGACCAGAACCGGAUCAUGGCCCCACCGGCGCACCGUCGGAAGACAGUUCCCUCCUUUCGACGAUAGCAAUCCAGAUUCAUGGGGCGUUCAACACCUCAUGCAUCCUGACCUUGAGGAGCCCGCAUUUGCAGAGUGGUACACCUCGGAUGCGCUUAUUAAUGUUGCGAAGGAGUUGUUGCAAUGCAAUCAAGAUGAACUGCAGAUGGAGCUUUUUAACCUGCUAAUCAACCCAUUAGAACACGAUUUUGCGCUUCGAUGGCAUCGUGAUGAUGUACGAGAAAACGCGACCGCUGAGGAAGAGGUUAUUGCUCUUGGACUCUGGACGCAUGGAGUCCAAUGGAAUACGCGAGUACUCUCCAACGACUCGUGUCUCUACCUCGUCCCGAAGACCCAUAAACUGCCGAGAACGGAGCUUCAGAGAGCUCAGUCAAUGACACAAGCACCACCUGCGAACCCUUUAGACAUGCCGGGAGCGAUUCAAGCCACCUUGCAACCUGGCGAGUCGGUGUUCUAUAAUAACAAUAUAUUACACUGCGGAGCAUACAACUCGAAACAGCGCCGCGCGACGCUUCAUGGAUGCAUGGGCGACACACGUGGUGGAUCGACAAGAGCGAAAAAUGUCCUCCAGCAUGGACUGUUGUGGAUGACGGAGGACCGCUUCCGUGAUCGGUUGAAUGACAGAGGGAAGAAGAUGCUUCAGGCUCUUGUUGAUAUGAAGGAAGGUGUUAAAGGCGAUCUUGGAUAUUCUCAAGUGAAUUAG